AAUAAUUGUAACUAGCACAUUGGCUCCCAUAAGCGAAUGUGGCAACUGCCUUCGGAUCAAGGUCCUUCUCGUCUUAUGAUGACGAUUUAGUUUCUCCAAGGAAGUCGGUUAAAUAAGGUGCCAGAUUAUCGUUGCUGUGUACAUCGACGACGUGCAAAAAUGGUUUUGGUAACAUUGUCCCUGCUGGUAAUUUUAGUGGCCACCUUUUGGCUUUAUAACAAGCACAAAUUCAGCUACUGGGCCAAACGUGGGGUGUUAUCACCACCCACUAUACCACUCUUAGGCCACAUGACAGAAACGUUUUCCACCAAGCGAGGCAAAUGGGUUUUCGAUAAUGAAGUCUACCGGGAUUAUAACAAGAAUGGUCUGGCUGGAAUAUACACUUUCUACUCCCCAAUUCUAUACGUUAGUGAUCCAGAGAUGAUAAAAAGUAUCUUUAUUAAAGAUUUCGAUCACUUUACAGACCGGCGAGUAAUUCAAUCGCCCUGUGAGAAAGAUAAGUUUAUGAAUGACAUGUUGUCCAACGUAAAUGGAGAAAAAUGGAAAAUACUGCGAACCAUUAUGUCUCCAACAUUCACAUCUGGAAAAAUGAAAAACAUGUUCCAUCUUGUUUGUGACAAAGCCGAUGCCCUUGUGGCAUUCAGUCUGGCAGAGGCUUCUAAGAAAUCUUUGGUAGACAUGAAAUUCAAUUUUGGAAGAUACACAAUGGACACCAUUGCUUCUUGCGCAUUUGGCUUGGAGUGCAAUUCACUCGUAGAGGAAGAUCCUGAAUUUCCAAGAAAAGUACUACCAUUUUUUGAUAUGGGAAUCCGAAGAAUGGCCAAAUUUAUAAUAUUUAUGAUGGCCCCAAAAUUCUUUAAAAUGCUGGGAAUAUAUCUAUCCCUAGAGGAGACAGAAUUCUUCAAGAGUGUUUGCAAAGAAACUUUAGCUUCUAGAAGGAAAGGCUUGAAAAGGGGAGACUUUCUAGACCUCCUCUUAGAAGCUCAGGCUGAAGAAGGCUUAACUGACCCAUCUAAAAAGCAAGAUUUUGAUGAUGACACCAUCAUAGCUCAGAGCAUUUUGUUCAUCAUUGCCGGUUAUGACACCACGGCAACAACUCUGGCUUUUGCUUCCUAUCUGUUGGCAAAGAACCCGGAAGCACAACAACGCCUCCGCCAAGAACUACAAGACAUUGUUGAACAAUAUGAUGGAAUAACUUACCAAGGAAUUAUGGAAUCCAAAUACCUUGAUGGCAUAAUAUCAGAAACUUUGAGACUCUACCCACCUGCUCCAUGGCUAGAAAGAAAAUGCUCCAAAGAUUAUCUCAUUCCAGGAACUAAUGUCACAGUGAACAAAGGUCAGUACGUUCAAGUGCCAGUCUGGGCUAUUCACCAUGACGAGAAAUACUGGCCAGAGCCAGAAGCCUUCAGACCAGAACGCUUCCUGCCAGAAAACAAGAAAAACGUGACAAAUUACACAUACAUACCUUUUGGACUGGGACCAAGGAAUUGUAUUGCGAUGCGUUUUGCCCAGAUGGAAGCAAAAGUGGGCAUAGCCAAGUUGGUCCUGGCAGCAGACUUGAAAAUACCUCCUGGCAAAGAAGAACUCGUCUUGUCAACUGGGGGUUUUCUCUUAAAACCUGCAAAAGAACUUUUCCUUCUUCUUGAACCUUUAAAUGAAGAGUGAAAAUCAAUGAACUGGGAUAAGGGUGAGGCCAAAUAUCAGUGUGUGUGUGUUCCAUUGUUUUCAAUCAUUUUCUAUAAUAAUCAUCAGGUGAAUUAGUUUUGCAAACGGAUCAAAUAUAAACAUUUUUAUUCUGAGUAGAA